ACACACUCUAUUGAUUCUCUUCUCACAGCCCCCAAAUUAGGGUUUUCCAUUGAUGAAUCCAAUCCAAUGGCCAAAGAUGAAGAAGAUGAUCGCACAAACACUCCUUCAAUGCAAGCAGAUUUCGAUACGCAACCAUUCGAUUACACCUCUUCACCCUCUCUGUUAGGCGGAGAGGACGAUCAAGAAGGGCAGUACUUUGAAGACACGGUGCCUUUCGACGACGGCGACGGUGAAGACGAGAUGUUGGAAGAGCGAAUUGGCGGUGAAACUCAGGUUGUUGAAAUUGCUGGUGAGACUCAGGUGUUGGAUGAUGAUGGGGAGACUCAGGUGUUGGAUGGUGGUGAUGAUGAGACGGAGUUAUUGGAUGGAGGGUCGGAAUCGGAUGGAACGGAGAUUUUGGAGGAUGUGGAUGAUGAGGUUGCUGUUGACGACUCGAAUUCCGCUGAUAGCAAGGAAGUUGUGGUUGAAUCCUCUUGUGGGAACAGUGUGUCUCAACAAAAUAGUUCUGGUUCGUUGCCACCGCGGUUUACUUUUCUCCGUGCAAAAUCUAUGCGGGAAGCUGCUCUAGCUAACAGCAAGGUAGCUUUGAAAGCCCAGGAUGAGACCAAUCCUGUCAUAGGUAUGCGCCAAAUUUCUCAGGAACCACCGGUUGCAAAGGGUAAUGGAGAAUGCUUUCCUGGACGUUCUGAAAAGGUUAGGGAAGUCGAUGAAGAAUACACUCAUGGGAAAUACAAUGUGGAAAUUGAGGGAUUUGAAAACAAAAAUAAGUGCGAUGUUGGUUUCUCAGCCGUGAGAAAACUUUUCAAUGAUGAUUUAGCUCUUGAAACAAAUGGGACUUCUCUUAACAGCACUGAUUGCAAUGAAGGAGAGGGCUUGGACAAGUUGCUGAUCGACCAUGGUGAAUCGGAGAGGUUAAGCUAUCUUAACUCUCAGGAACCUGGAGAUUUAUCACAGGCCAAUGCUCUUGAUUUUGUAGAUAAGUUUCUCAAAGAUAAUAUCACAGACUUUGAUCAAGAACCUAACGGUGUUAAGAAUGUGGUGGAAAAGUCAAAAUCCCUUCCCAGUACAAAAGGGAAACAAAGUUUGGCCAAGAGAGUUACUGAUAGAAACAAAGAUAAAAAAGCUUGGAUUUAUGACUGGGAUGAUAACUGUGAAGAUGAAGGUGGGGGAGAUAUAUUCCUAAGGAGAAAGGAAGAUUUUUUUAAUGGCGGAACUCACGGACCAAGGUCUAUGCCUGGAUUACAGAAGGCCAAAUUAUGUAGACCAAAUGAUGAUAAGGAUGAUGAGGAACAAUUAAGCAUCCCUAAUAAAAGAAAGACUGCAGUUCAUUCUGAUUCAAAACUAGGGACGCAUAAUCUGGAAAUAAGGCAUAAUGCUGUACGAGAAGCAAUGAGAAAAUUGAAAAGGAAUCUUGCUGAUGAAUUGGAUGAACAAGUUAAUGCUGACUGCUCAGGAGAGGUGGAAGCUAAUGCUAAUGCAGAUGCUCAAGAAAUAUUGGAUGUAGGUUUAGAUACUCAAGUAGCUGCUGAAGCUAUGGAAGCCUUAUGCAAUGCGGGGGACAUUGUUAAUCAUGCAUCUAAUGUGACCACUCGUGUCACUAGAAGUAGGCUAACUGAUCAACUCAGUAACUCUUCCACUCGAAAAGUGGGACAGUGCAAUAAGGACUAUAUGAUGAGCAGAUCAAAGAAGAGUAAAUUGAAUGCAGAAGUCAACCAAACCUCCAGUGCUAAUGUAAAUGGUAGAAUAGUCUCAUCUCCAAUAGUUGGGGAAAGAAAGUCAGAACGAUCUUUAAAAAGACAUCAGCUUAAUAAGUUAAGUAAUCCUGAUGACAACAAUGGAGGAAAUGAUGGGAGUAAGCAACUUCAGGCUGAACUUUAUAACUUCACACCAGUUGCUCGUAGAACUAGACGAUCCUUAGCAGUAAAUCAAUCAACAAAUUGUGAUGUACCAUCCAAAAGUUUGGAAAAGGGGGAAGUGGGGGUUGGCUCCCUUGAGAAAAGCAGUGGAACUGGCCUACAGGCUUCCAAAACAUUUCCUAAAUCUACUCCAGGGUCUUCUGAUCAUUUUGAAGUAGAUGAUAAUGCCAAAUUGUGUCAACUUGAGAAAUUGGCUCCAAAGUCAAAUGCUCUUAGUGUUGGUAAUAAUGUUGAAAUGGAUACACUAGAUUUUCCUAGAAGAAGGAGAUCUCUGAGGAUUAAUAAAUUUUCUAAUCAUGAUAAAGGGUCUGAGAAGUUAGUUGGUUCAUCUAAACCAUCCGCACCAGCGGAAGAUGUUGUGAGGUCUACUUCUGGGAAGAGAAAAAUGAGGAAUGAUUCUGUUGUCAAGUCACAUGUGAAUUACCGAACUCGCUCAUCUUCAUAUGGUGGUUCGAUAAUUUCUUCUACUGACCGAAAACAGAGAAAAAAUUCCACAGAUAAUUUUGAAGUCGCCAGUUCAGAUGGAUCACCAAGAGAUAGGUACAAGUCACCUGACUUUACGACUGCAAGCCCAGCUAAUUGUAAGACACCAGCGAAUGAUGCAUCACCUGUUUGUAUGAGCGAUGAUUAUUAUAAACAAUCAUACAAUAGUGCUUCGAAAUCAUGCCUUCUCAAAGUAUCUCGUAAGGAGCUCCAAAGAGAACUACGUAGCUUAAAUGCUAUUAGACCUGAAUUAGUUACUCCAUCUAAAGAUUCAAGGAAGAGGAAGGAUAUGACUGAUGUUCGAAUUCUUUUCAGCCACCACUUGGAUGAAGAUAUUAUUAAACAUCAGAAGAAGGUUCUAGCCCGGCUUGGAGUUUCUGUAGUAUCCUCCAUCUCAGAUGCGACACACUUCAUAGCUGAUCAGUUUGUGCGUACAAGGAAUAUGUUAGAAGCUAUUGCUUUUGGCAAACCUGUGGUCACACACUCAUGGAUUGAGAGCUGUGGACAAGCUAGCUGUUUUCUUGAUGAGAGAAAUUACAUAUUGAGGGAUGCCAAAAAGGAAAAGGAGUUUGGUUUCAGCCUGCCAGUGUCACUAGCACGUGCAUCUGAACACCCACUUCUAAAGGGUCGAAGAGUAUUGAUCACCCCAAAUACUAAACCUAGUAAAGAUAUUAUUUCAAGUUUAGUAAUGGCGGUUCAGGGCCAGGCAGUGGAGAGAGUUGGCAGAUCUGCUAUGAAGGACAAAAAAAUUCCAGAUGAUCUGCUGAUCCUGUCUUGUGAAGAAGAUUAUGCCACUUGUGUGCCUUUCCUUGAAAAGGGGGCUGUGAUAUACAGUUCAGAACUAUUGUUGAAUGGCAUAGUUACUCAGAAACUGGAGUAUCAAAGGUAUCGCCUUUUUGCAGACCAUGUGAAGAAAACCCGUUCCACCAUAUGGUUGAGAAGAGAUGACAGAACAUUUGUUCCUGUGACUAAAUGUACUUAGAGUUGUUUUUUAUUAAAUGUCCCUCGUGAUUAUUUAUUGUUUAGAUCAUAUGUAAAUAUUUUCCAAUCCAUUUUUUAAAUGUACCAUAUUUGUGUAGAAAUGUUUCAAAGAUAUUUUUGCCCUCCUUUCAGUUA